GACCCAUAUAUAUCCUAUUUAAUUUUCCUCUCACUGGGGCUUGCCAGUCUUCCCUGUCCUUUUGCCAAGGGUGUUCUGCCCUCGUUCUCGUGUAUAGGGUGUGGACACAAUAAACCGCCAAGAUGUCGGAGAAAAAGAUGACAUCCUCCCGCCGGUACAACUUGAAGAGCUUGCUGCUCUCCAUUGCUGCUGGAUUGCUGGAGGCUGAAGCCAAGCAGCUUGUGGCUGAUAAGGAGGCUUACAUGAAUGAGCACUGCCCAGACCUGGAUCUCCCUGGAUCCACACAGGAACUGCAGGAGUACCUGAAGAAGCUCCAACAGAACAUCGACAAGAUUGAUGAGGAAAGGUAUGACUUGGAGGCCAAGGUUCUUAAAACAAACAAGGAGAUCGAUGACCUGAGGAUUAAAGUUCAGGACCUGAAGGGCAAGUUCAAGAAGCCUGUGUUGAGGAAAGUGCGUAUGUCUGCUGAUCAGAUGCUUCAGGCUCUGCUGGGCUCCAAGCACAAGGUGUCUCUGGAUCUGAGAGCUAACCUGAAACAAGUGAAGAAGGAGGUCAAAGAGGAGACUGCAGAUGUUGGUGACUGGCGUAAGAACAUUGAGGACAGGACAGACAGAAAGAAGAUGUUUGAGGCUGAGGCUUAAGAUGGAUGACAAUUGUGUUCUGAUAGGUCUUAAUUUUUCUCUGGCAGUAGUUCUGUAACCUAGCCCCCCACUCUCAUUCCAAUAAAGGUGGUUUUCUGGGAUAUUUUUCACA